AUGUCAACCAAACCCGGCGUCCCGCCAACAACAACACGGUCUCAACCACCCAUCGGCAUCAACAUCAUUAACCCAGUCGCCAACAAGCUCCUUCCAGCAACAGCGACAUUAUCCCCUCUCGCCACGCAAGCCCUGACAUUUACGGAGGGCCCCGUAUACCUGCCACGCUUGAACCGUCUCGCAUUCGUUGAUAUUCCUGCAGCAGCAAUCAUGAGCUCCGAUCUGUCGGCAGCAUCACCGUCACCACGAGCAUCUGUUAUUACGUAUAGCUCAAACCAUUCUAAUGGGAUGUUUCGAUCCAAGAUUGCUAGUGAGAAGGUAUCUGAGGGAGAGGUUAUUCUGGUUUGUGAAGGUGGUGGACGACGUGUCGUUCGAUUGACACUGGAUAAGAAUGCAAGUGUCGUUAAAAGGGAGGUUAUUGCUGAUAAUUACAAAGGCGUGCCGUUAAAUUCGCCAAAUGAUAUCAUCGAGAAGUCCGAUGGGACAAUCUUCUUUACUGAUCCAAACUACGGCUGUGAGUCACUUACAGGACACGUAUACCCUGCUCAAAUGCCAAACCGUGUCUACAUGGUCAAUCCAAACACCAAGGAGAUCUCUAUUGCAGAUGACUGUUGUGUCGGUCCGAAUGGAUUGACGUUGUCGCCUGAUGAGAAGCUGUUGUACAUAGCUGAUUCUGGAGGAUACACUCGAGACAAAUUCAAGUCUGAGAUUCGAUUAUCCAAAUUAAAUGCAGAUGGCACCGUUCAACCCUCUGAGCUGUUUGUUCGUGUGAAGCCAGGUGUCCCUGAUGGCAUCAGAUGUGACACACUGGGAAACAUAUGGUCAUCAGCCGGUGAUGGCGUUCACAUCUACUCACCAAGCGGUGAACUAAUUGCCAAGAUUCAUGUUGGUCUUCAGCCAGCGAAUCUGUGCUUUGGUGGUAAAAACUAUGAUGAGUUGUUUAUAACUGCUAGACAUCAAGUCUGGCGAGUUACUGGAUUGGGUGUUCGCGGCAAACCAUAG